AUGGAGAUUGAUCUUUCUCCCCAGUUGGCCAAGAAGGUGUACGAGGGCAAUGGUGGAUCUUACUAUGCAUGGUCCCCUUCUGAGCUUCCCAUGUUGCGUGAAGGAAACAUUGCUGCUGCCAAACUAGCUCUUCAGAAGAAUGGUUUUGCCCUUCCUUAUUACUCUGACUCUUCCAAGGUUGCAUACGUUCUACAAGGAAGUGGAGUUGCUGGAAUUGUGCUCCCUGAAUCAGAAGAGAAGGUUAUUGCAAUUAAGAAGGGUGAUGCUCUGGCACUCCCUUUUGGUGUUGUGACAUGGUGGUAUAACAAGGAGGAUACUGAGUUGGUAGUUCUGUUCCUGGGUGAUACUUCAAAAGCCCACAAGACUGGUGAAUUCACUGAUUUUUUUCUGACUGGUGCUAAUGGAAUCUUCACUGGAUUUACAACUGAGUUUGUAGGAAGGGCUUGGGACUUGGAAGAAAAGGAUGUGAAAACCCUUGUUGGGAAUCAAUCAGGAAAGGGUAUUGUGAAGCUUGAAGGAAAUAUCAACCUUCCUCAGCCUAAAGAGGAGCAUAGGAAGGGCAUGGCACUGAACUGUGAAGAGGCUCCAUUGGAUGUUGACAUCAAGAAUGGUGGAAGGGUUGUGGUGUUGAACACCAAGAACCUUCCCUUGGUUGGUGAGGUUGGUCUAGGAGCAGACCUUGUGAGGUUGGAUGGAAAAGCUAUGUGUUCUCCAGGAUUCUCUUGUGAUUCUGCAUAUCAAGUUACAUACAUUGUGAGGGGAAGUGGUCGUGCUCAGGUUGUUGGUGUGGAUGGUCGCAGGGUUUUGGAGACAACUGUUAAAGCUGGAAAUUUGUUCAUUGUGCCAAGGUUUUUUGUUGUGUCCAAGAUUGCUGACCCUGAUGGCUUAGAGUGGUUCUCUAUCAUCACUACCCCCAAUCCUGUAUUUACUCACCUGGCUGGAAGUAUUGGGGCGUGGAAGGCUCUUUCACCAACGGUUCUGCAGGCUGCUUUCAACGUAGAUGCAAAACUCGAGCAACUCUUCCGUUCAAAGAGGAAUGCAGAUGCCAUUUUCUUCCCUCCUCCGAAUUGA